CCACGCUGGGACUGGGAGGAACCCUGCCCGCCUUCGCGGGUAGGCACGCCUCUAUGUUCUAGGGACACCGCUUCAUACAUACACUGUUGUUAGCGACGUAGCCACCACGGUCAAUUUAAUUUUUGACAUUUCUAUUUGAGAACACUUUUUUCGGGCUUAGUCUCCUGUCCACGGUCCGUUUAAUGACCGUGUAGAGGACCCCUGCUUGGACUCCGCUGCACCGGUGCUCCAAGCUGUUGCUGGCGGCAGCUGAGUGAGCCCCUUUGAGUAUGUGUAUACAAUGAAAAGGCGUGUGGAGGAUCAGGAACCAAUAUUUGCACCUCAGCAACAGCAACCACGCCACACCCCUGUUCAAGCUAUUGCUGAGAGUUUCCAGCAACGGGCCCCUGCCAAGGCCCCUACUGUGAGAGAAACAGCCAAGGACAUCAUGCAGCCGUCCACAGGAAUUCAGUAUUCUCUCCCACAGGGAUACCAGGGAGCAAGUGGACAUGGACACAACGCUGUGCCACAUGUUGGUCCCCAUUCACAUGGUCUGACGGUACAGUCCCAAGGUCCUGCUGUGGUUCAAAGUCAUGUCCAUCCACCCACACCCAUUAGCUCUUCUCAAGGACAACAGCAAUUUCAACGACUGAAGGUUGAAGAUGCCUUGUCUUACCUGGAUCAAGUGAAGCUUCAGUUUGGCAAUCAGCCUCAAGUAUAUAAUGAUUUUCUUGAUAUUAUGAAAGAGUUUAAGUCACAGAGCAUUGACACUCCUGGAGUCAUCAACCGUGUGUCCCAGCUUUUUAAAGGUCACCCAGACCUCAUCAUGGGGUUUAACACUUUCCUGCCACCAGGAUACAAGAUUGAAUUCCAACCCAAUGACAAGGUCAACGUGACCACACCAGGUCAAAUCCAUUACAUCACCCCUCAGGGUGUCUCUGUUCAGAGCAUCUCUGCCAGCGGAACACCAAGCCAAGUUGCAAGUCAUCACCAGCAUCAGGCUCCGCCACAACCUGGACCUCACAGUACUCCCACCACAACCACCACGACCACCACCACUCCACCUGUACUUACUCCACCUGCUCCAAACAAAACCAGCAAGGCAAUUCAGUCUCCAGCCCACACACCGACCAGUCAGCCAAAUCCAUCCAUCCCAUCAUAUGCCUCACCAAACUCACCAUCUAUUCAGUCGCAGACUCCAGUAAGCAGUGCGCCAUCUGGUGGGCCCCCACUGCAGAACAACCAGCCAGUAGAGUUCAAUAAUGCCAUAAACUAUGUCAACAAGAUCAAAAACCGCUUCCAUGGUCAACCAGAAAUUUACAAAGCCUUUCUAGAAAUUCUACACACGUAUCAGAAAGAGCAACGGAAUGCUAAGGAGGCAGGUGGGAACUACACCCCACUACUGACAGAACAGGAGGUUUACACUCAGGUGGCAAGACUUUUUAAGAACCAAGAGGACCUGCUGUCGGAGUUUGGACAAUUCCUCCCUGAUGCAAACAGUUCAGCACUGCUGACAAAAGCCACACCAGAUAGAGCAGAGUCGGUGCGUAAUGAUCAUGGAGGGACAAUUAAAAGACCUUUAAUCAACAAUAAACAGAGGCUAGGUCAGAAUGGUUUGCCCAUCAGAAGACCAGCUGGUGUGGGAGUUACACCACCUCUUAAGAAAAAACCUAAAAUAAUGGGAAAAGAUCACAGUCUGACUGAAGUCAGCAAGCACAGCACCAGCACUGAAACUAUGUUCUUUGAGAAGGUGAAAAAGGCUCUUCGUAGCUCAGAGGCAUAUGAAAACUUUCUUAGAUGCCUGCAUAUCUUCAACCAGGAAGUGAUUUCUCGUGCAGAAUUGGUUCAGUUGGUCAUUCCAUUUCUUGGAAAAUUCCCAGAACUUUUUACCUGGUUUAAAAACUUCUUGGGUUACCGAGAGUUUACCCACGGGGAACCGAGUGGUGCAGAGAGUUUACCCAAAGAUCGUGCAACAGAGGGCAUUGCACUGGAGAUUGACUACGCUUCCUGCAAAAGGCUGGGAUCCAGCUACAGAGCACUGCCCAAGAGCUAUCAGCAGCCAAAAUGCACAGGAAGGACACCACUGUGUAGAGAGGUCCUUAAUGACACAUGGGUAUCAUUUCCAUCUUGGUCUGAGGAUUCUACAUUUGUGAGCUCAAAGAAGACGCAGUAUGAAGAGCAUGUUUAUAGAUGUGAGGAUGAGCGCUUUGAGCUGGAUGUUGUAUUGGAGACCAACCUUGCCACAAUACGAGCCCUGGAGAGUGUGCAGAGGAAACUAUCACGAAUGUCAGCCGAGGAGCAGCUUCGUUUCAAGAUGGACAACACAAUGGGUGGCACCUCAGAGGUCAUUCACCGCAAAGCCAUUCAGAGGAUAUAUGGAGACAAGGCCCAUGACAUCAUUGAUGGGCUGAAAAGGAACCCAGCUGUGUGUGUUCCCAUCGUACUGAAAAGAUUAAAAAUGAAGGAGGAAGAGUGGAGAGAAGCACAGAGAGGCUUCAAUAAGAUCUGGCGGGAGCAGAACGAGAAGUAUUACCUGAAGUCACUCGACCACCAGGGCAUUAACUUCAAACAGAACGACACCAAAGUACUGCGUUCAAAGACCUUAAUCAACGAAAUUGAGCUGCUUUAUGAUGAUCGACAGGAGCGAGCAUCUGAGGAGACGACCACAGGGCCACCUAGUGGUCCACACAUGACCCUGUCCUAUGAUGACAGUCAGAUCCUAGAAGAUGCUGCUGCUCUCAUUAUCCACCAUGUCAAAAGACAAGUAGGAAUCACAAAAGAAGACAAGUACAAGAUCAAACAGAUUAUUCACCACUUCAUUCCUGACCUGCUGUUUGCACGGAGAGGUGAACUGUCAGAUUUAGAGGAUGAGGAAGAGGAGGAGGAAGAAGAAGAAGGCAUGGAGAUUGACAGCGGCAGCCCCAAAAAGCACAAUGGCCUGUUGGGAGGAAGCACAUCGAAGUCAAAGCUCCUCUUUGGCAACACAGCAGCUCAAAAACUGCGUGGCACCGAUGAGGCCUACAGCCUGUUUUUUGUAAACAACUAUUGGUAUGUUUUCCUUCGUCUUCACCACAUCCUCUGCUCCCGUCUGCUGCGAAUCUAUGAACAAGCUGAGAAGCAGAUUGAGGAGGACACUCGUGAGCGAGAGUGGGAAAAAGAUGUUUUAGGGCUGAAAAGGGAGAAAAAUGAAAAUCCAGCAAUUCAACUAAAAAUGAAAGAGCCAAUGGAUAUUGAUGUGGAGGACUACUACUCAGUGUUUUUGGAAAUGGUGCGAAACCUUCUGGAUGGAAACAUGGAGCCUGCCCAGUACGAGGACUCCCUGAGGGAAAUGUUUACUAUCCAUGCCUACAUUGGCUUCACCAUGGAUAAACUAAUCCAGAGUAUUGUCAGACAGCUGCAACAUCUCGUCACUGAAGAUGUUUGCGCACGGGUCAUUGAUAUGUACUUGAGUGAAAGUGCCAACAAAGCCACAGGGGGUGCACUGUCUACCCAGACAUCCAGGUCCACAGCAGAGGGCGUCUACCAACGUAAGAUGGAGCAGCUGAUGUCGGAGGAGAACUGCUUUAAGUUGAUGUUUAUGAAGAGCCAAGGAUUUGUCAGUUUGGCCAUUGAGCUGAUGGACACAGAAGAAGAGAACUCUGAUGAGCCAGCAGAUGCAGAGAGGUGGUCAGACUACGUAACUAGAUACCUGAACUCAGACUCAGCGUCGCCAGAGCUGCGUGAACAUUUGGCCCAGAAGCCGGUGUUCCUCCCCAGGAAUUUAAGACGGAUAAGAAAGUGCCAGAGGGGAUGGGAGCGAAUGCAGCAGGAACAAAUGAGCAAGAGCUCCUCGGACAAGAUGCAGGACUCCAACAGUGAACUGAAGAUGGAGUGUAUGUUCAAGCUGAACUCCUACAAGAUGGUCUAUGUCUGCAAGUCUGAGGACUACAUGUACAGACACACAGCACUGACACGUGCACAUCAGUCCCACCAGCGGGUGAACACACGCCUGCACAGACGCUUCCAGGUCAGGCUGGACACAUGGGCCAAAGAGCAUGUGACCAGUGACAUGGCUACUAACUGCCACAAGUGGCUGAUUGGAGACAAACAGGAGAGCCUGAAGGCCUGCACCACCACGUGCAACCAGGAGGUUCUACAUUAUCUGAAUGUAAACAAGUACAGGGUGAAGUACCGAACACUGUAGCCUGAUCUAAGGACAGACUGUUUUCACAGCAGAUUGCUGGUGACUUUAUCACAUACUGUAGCUUCUUCACAUUAUUUUUCCUCUGCCCAUUCUUGAUUUAGUUGCCAAAUAUUUCAUGUCGUCCACCCAUCCUUUCAAUAGACUUUUCUACUUGGUUAAAUGACAUCAUGUUGGAAAAGAGUAAGGAGUUUUCAAUUCUGAGUUUAUCGAAGUUUUGUCUCUUUUUGUUAAACAGUGUAAACACAAAAUCUUUUUACAUAAAAGUUUGGCACAGAAAACAAUCACAGCUCAACAUUUAGAAGUACACUUUUCUUUGUUACUUUUAAAGGCAGCCUCAAUAUUUCACAGGAAGCCAAAAAAAAAAAAA